AGCGGGGAAUCGCCCAAGGGCCUUACACACCAUUAUUGCGGGUUCGCAGGCUUUUCACGUAUCGUAAGAAAGAACUGAAAGGGAAUGGCAUACGCAACGCCUGACCACUGGGAAACAUUCUACAGUACAUCAACAACCGGGGAAGACAUCGACUGGCUUUGCCAAUAUUCCACGCUUCGAAAGUUUGUGUUGCACUACAUAAGGCAGUUGGAACCGCCCUUGCCAUCCAUCUUGCUUCUUGGACCCGGUCUCUCCACCUUUGCGGAGGACUUGUACGACAGGGGCUACACCACCAUCGUGGUGGUCGACUCCUCAGCCGCCGCUGCUGAGGCCCACCGCCGCCGCGCGGAGCAGCCCCCCCGACACGGCCUGGUGGUGGUGCAGCGGGAUGUGUCGGAGCCGGAGUGGCCCGAGGUGGAUGCGCAGGGGCUGCGGUUCGGCAUCGUGGUGGACAAGGGUCUGAUCGACUGCCUGCUCACCGCCCGGGACGGUAUGGACCGCGCCGCUCGCGCCAUCAGCAACGUGUGGGCGCGCAUGGCCACCCCGGGCGUGUGGCUCUCCGUGUCGCACUCGCCGCCCGCGGACCGGCGCGACCUGUACACGCAGGCGGCGGCGGUGGAGGCGGGAGCCAGCAGCGUCUACUGGCACGACUUCCAGGUCAAGCGUGUGCUGCUGCCCGCCCUGGAGUACUCCGCCACCACUGCCGUACCGGGGGCCGAGGUGCUGCAGGACAUCAACCUCUCCGACCUGGCGCCCAAGCCUGGGGAGGGAGACGAGCUGCGGCGGCUGAUGCAACAGGGGCAGGGGCAGCAGGGACAGGAACAACAGCAGCAGCCCCCCAAGCAGCCUCAGCUGCUGGAGUACCAGCCGGCUGCGCGGUACCAGGCGCGGGUGCUGGAGGGGCUGCGGGAGGCGGGGGGAGGCAGGCACGAGGCGGCGGCGGAUGAGGACCCCAUGGCGGAUUUCCGAGAUGACGUGGCGUACAUCUAUUUCAUGAUCAAGUAGAUUGGUUUUGUACAUAACCACAUAUAUUCAUAGUGUACGCGCGUUGUGGUACGGCAUGCGUGUCACAUAGAAGCUGCGAGUGUUCGAGGCCCCCAGGUUUGAGGCUGUGAGGGUAAGGCGCGGUUAGGAGUUGGUUUUUGAAGUGGCGCUGCUUGCGGCGCUGCGGGUCAGCAGCCGGUACACCUGAGGACAGUGGUCAUUUCGUGCCAGCGGCCCUACCCGGUGGGCGUGCAUGCCUGGCUCGUCAAUCGGAGGCUAUGCUGAGGUAGGGGGUAAAGUGGAAACAACUGACUGACUGUGUGAUAAGGCGUCAUCAUGGCUUACAACAUCUGAGCCAACCCGACCCGCCCAGCCACGGCAGAAGCUGCAGGCAGCGGGACACUGAGUUGCCCAAGCUAGAUAGGUGACAGUUGACGGCUUUGGGCGGUCAGGAGUAUGACCGGCCGAGUAAUUACAGUGCGGGUGGACGCGACCGCGGGCGGUGUCGGGUCGUUACAGCACAUGAGGGCAUACAGGCUUCCACAACAGGCAACGGG